CGGAACGUGAAGGCGGAUGGCUGCAUCUCUACCUGCUUAAGGUUUCGUCUCAACUUAGUGGAUUAUUACGAGCAGUUUUCUUUAACCAAUACGUGUAGGGGUGUGAGAAGAACAAAACAAGAUGGUGAUGACAGUAAGUAACAGGAACAGCGGUGAGACGAAAGAAGAUAAGAAGUCUACAGGGCCAAGUCCUAGCAAUGGCCACGUCUCUGGUCACUGCGACGACGCCGAGAAGGAUGGUGAUAGUGGGAUGCGCGUUGGGAAGGCGUUCCAGGCAGAGAUCCCGUCUAUGCUGCCGUCCCACGAGCGCCGACCUGAGCAGUGUCCUGAGAGAGCCCUGUUGGUGUGGGCGCCCAAACUAGAGCUCAACGAGGAGAGCCGUGAGUAUUCUUUUGAACAAUACAUCUGGCUAGCGAAAGACAAAUACGGGUAUAAUGCUGAACAAGCUCUUGGCAUGUUGUUUUGGCAUCGGCAUGACCUAGAGAAGGCAACAGCAGACCUCGCAAACUUUACACCCUUUCCAGAUGAGUGGACCACGGAGGAUAAAGUCCUUUUUGAGCAAGCUUUCCAGUUCCAUGGCAAAAGUUUUCAUAGAAUUAGACAAAUGUUACCUGACAAGACUAUAGCACAGUUAGUGAAAUAUUACUACUUGUGGAAGAAGACUCGGCAGCGUAGUUCACUCAUAGACCGACAUGCUCGCAAACACACUGCCAAGCUCCAGCAAGUGUCAGAGGGUGGUGUAGGAGACAGCAGUGGAGAUCGUUCAGAGGAGGAUGAGGAGGGGAAGAAUGGAGAGGAGACCAAGACCUGCUCCAACUGUACCAUCCCUGCCUCAGUGCUCAAUGAGUCACCCAAGGGUCUUCAGUGUUUCACUUGCUACAACCACUGGAAUAAUUGUCAAGUGAAUAGACUGGGAUUUUACAGGAAAACGGGCAGCUUACGACCAACUGUGGGACCCAUGAAGAGAGACAAGCAGUUGAUAAAACACAAACGCCGUCCACCUCGUGGCAUGCAUAUUAACCAUGAAGACUUAAUGGCCAUGGUAUCCUCUGGCCCUCCCGGUCCCCCAGGGACCCUCACCCCCGGCCAGCAGUUGUUGCGUCACAUGGAGAACGAGGUCAUUGCUCUCAAGCGCCAGGUGCAAAGCAACAAGGCUCAGAUCAGUGGCCUCCGGAGUAAAAUAGCAGAUGAUGGGAUAACUCCGUACCGUCCACCAGCACAGGCAGGACCUACCAAGGCCAAAUGGUCACAGGAGGAACUUCUAUUGGCAGUUCAAGCUGUUCGGUACUUUGGAAAGGACUUCAAGGCAAUCGCAGAAAUUGUGGGCAACAAAACAGAGAAUCACGUACGCAGCUUCUUUGUAACAUAUCGAAAGCGUUAUAACUUGGACGGCGUCUUAAGAGAGUGGGAAGAAGAACACGGCCCGGUAAAGGCAAAUACAGACGAGUAACUGAUUUAUAGAAGUGGAAAGCCUAGUACCAUAAAACCUUGUAGUUAUUAUGUGAAGGAAAAGAAGAAUGUAAGUUUGUUGCUUGAAUGUUAUGUUUGGCGUCUUUUAUGAUAAUUCAGGGAAAAAAAGUACUCUCAACCACUUGUGACACAGAUUAAAGCAGGGGAGAAUAUUGUCCAGAAGUAGUCCAUAAGGCUCCCAAAAUUGUUGAGUGGUUGAGUUUAAUUUCAUAAUACUGUAGAGGGGAAAUCAGUAGUAGAGACAUUUUAAUUAUUUACCUCAGUUACAUGCAGACUACAAUGUUUCAUGUAAUAGAACACAUUCAUAUUUACGUCCUCUUAGUUGAUUUUGGGAUUUUGUUUGUGAUCUCUUCAAUCUUUAUUAUUUAUCUUCACCAUUACAGUGUUGUACAGUAUAUCACUUUUCUUCUGUUUCUUUAUUGAAAUAGUGAAUCUCUGCCUGAGCUACUGAUUAAAAUUGCCAGUCUUUGAUGAAGAGCUUUAAUGGUUUCACCACCAGAAUGUCCCAGUGAAGAGUACAGUACAGUACUAAUUUUGUGGAGAUAAUUACAUCACCAGCUGUGUAAGUGGGCUGUGUCCAAAAAAACUAACACAAUUUUUAUUCAUUCUUUAGUUGUUUUUUUAUUAAAAUACGGCAAAGGUGUAUAUAUCUAUCAAUGCUUUAUUAAGCUUAGGAUUGAUAGUUUAAUGGAAACAUAAAUGAGGAAAUUCAUAUAACUCAUAUUACAGGUAUUAACAUUUUGACAUUUACGUAAAAGUCGGAGGCAAAUAUGGCAGUGUGAUUUAAAUCUUGAAAAUUAAUUUAUCCAUAAUGAAAGAUGUGUUUUCUUAAUAGAUAACAGCACACUGUAUAUGCUGAUGUUUGUGUUAAGAAGGAGCUCUCUAGGAUAUUAUACAGUACAGUACAUGUACAGGGGUGUUUAAAAAAACUGUUUUGCAUCUAUACUCUUGGCAUACAUGAAAAAGUUCCUUGUAUUGUAAUAGGCAAUUUCUUAAUCUUCAAAUACAGUUCAAGAUUUGUUAUGCAUGAUGUGUGUGUAUCCAGUGAGUCAGAUGCUCUCCUGUGUUAGGACAUGAUAGGCAGGACCUACUCAACUAGCUGGGUGAGUCUUGUUAUGGUGUCUUAUUUAACCUUAAUACUUGGAAAUAAUCAGAGUAACAUCAGUGACAGCUUAGAAAUCAAACCCACAUUAAAGGAUAAAGUUCUUUUUAAAACAAUACACUUCUGAUGCCCAUUGGAAUUUUUAGAUGAGUUCAAGAAUAUAAUCUCAAUCUUGCACUUGCAACUGACAAGAGUGACAGUGAGUAUAAGAGCUAUAUUGUUUAUAUAUGAUUUUUCUGUCUUAAUAAGGGUUAGAUUUAAAGGAUUAAAGUUACAGGUGUAAUACAUGCAGCUCGGUCAACUUUCCAGGUGAUAAGCCAUUGAUUUUUAUUGCCAGAAAAUGUUGUUCUCUGAGCUACUGUGUCACCAACACUAUUUAGAAAAAUUUAUUACUCCACUUUGUGGAUUGUAUAUAUUGUACAAGACUAUAACAUAUAAUUUAUUUUAUUAUAUAAUUUUGUAUGUUCAGCUCAUUUGUGUUGUCCAUACUCAGUGUACAGUAUCAUGAAGUCAACAGUUCCUUCAUGGCCAAGUUGUCAGUUGUCUCCCUCCCUCUUGAAAUGGGUUUAUAAUUAUGGCUUUUAGUAAAAUGAUAAAGUUCAAGUAUACCAAAGUGGCCACCACUGUCUUGUUAUAAAAUAUCCAAAAUAAAGUGUAAUUUCUUGAACUGUGAAGAGUGUUCUCCUGUUGCCCCACAGACAGUACUUGUCUGUAAUUUAACUAUAUUUAUGUGAUUUGUUUAUUAUGUAGCAUAUUUUAUUACACAAGUGAUAAAAUCUCCACAUUUUGCUUUUAUUCUUUGAAAGCUUCAGAUUUUCAUUUCACACAUUAGUAUUCAUUACAUAUCUGUAGAUGAUCACCUAAGAAUCUCCAUCCCAGCUUAUUUCACCUAAAGAUUAUCCACCCUAAUUCUAACCUAACCUAACUUAUCCGAACCUCAUCCCCCCAGAUAGUGUUAGGGUGGUUAAUCUUUAGGUGAAAUAAACUGGGGUGGAAAUUUUUCAGGUGAUUGCAUAUAGGUGUUAAAACUUUCACCAGUACAAGUGCGUAUAUGAAUCUACAUUUUGUUAAAACUUGAAUCACCGUGUCUCUGGUCAUAUGGUCAUAACAUUUUACAGGGUGCCAACCAGAAAGGUGCAAUGACGCUUAUCAACCAAAAGUGUUUCAAUUGAUAGUUGUCAGAGAGUUGUAUGCCCUCUGUCCUCAAUGGUGUAUUAUUGUCUCUUUGGAAAGUUGGAGCUCAGAUAUUGAAUGGUCAGGCGUGAUUCGUAUCCUACUUCGAAUACUGUACUUUAAUGCUGUUACAGAAUCUGUGAAGAAGCAAUAUUUCGACAUCGUUAUUAUUACAGUAUUUAAUCGUUAUUCCUCAGUACCUACCUGAAGUGUGUACAACUUUAUUUUAUUUUAUUUUAUACAUCAUAGCCCUUUCCUUCCUAAUGCAGGGUGUUGAGAAACAAGAGAAAAUACUUAAAUUUUUUCCUUUUAUUUUUUUUUUCUUUCAUCCAUUCUUACUGCUGUCAAAGAUAUAUUCUUCUAUGGUAAAUACACUUUCCACAACAAGGCCCCAUAAUCUGUUUUAAUGGUCACACAUUAGCCAGUAGUACACUUCAGCUGCCUGUCCUUUUUCGUACACACACUGCCGGCUCUUGAAUCUCUGCCCCCCCUCACUUCUAGGGCGUCCUUUAUGCCGGUCUUCAAUCUCCUGAGUCUUGGUCUUCUCACCUUUUUACCAUCUAUUUCUUGAAUUAUUUUAUUCCUUUACCAAUCUUACCUUUAUCAUUUUCACAGUAUUUCCUUUAAACCUCAGCAAACCCUGAUCAGCUUUCUGUCUAGAGCUCAUGUAAUUUCUGUAUCUGUCUCUUUAUCUCUCUCAUACAAAGUAGAGAGAAAGGGGAAGACUGAAGAGGUGGAAGGAUGGGGUGGAAUAAGUUUUAGAAGUGAGGGGGGAUGGAAGUACUACAGGGAGCAGCGCGUGUAACUAAUGAGAGAAUAUAACAUUGCUUGGUUUUCCUGUAUGUCACAGCAUUUAGAGUGAAGGGGCGGGAGUUUUGGUUCUUGAUUCUGGCCUUUUACAUUAUGAUAUGAUAAGGCUUGUGAGAGUAUUGACACACACACACACAUUUCCCCAGGGUUUUAAAUGCUACUGUAUCUCCUUUACCGGAAAAAGCAUAAUAGUUAAUUUAAUGAUCUUUGAAAUUUUUUUUUUUCACUCACAAUAAUGUAUAAGACAUUUUCUCAGGCUUCAUUGAUCAUCUGAACAUCAAGUAUAUUUCAUCUUCUCAUCGUACCAUCAGUAAGCAUUUGUACAUAAUUACAUCACACAUCUUAAGACUGAUGAUAUAUUCCUAUAGGCAUUUCAUUAAACUAUCAUUGUCAAUAUCUUUCUUUGUUUUGCACUCUGAUAACCCCGUUUUAUAUAUUGUGUGUUAUCGUAGCAAACUCAUCAUCAUAUCAUUAAAUGUACUUUGUUUUUAGUCUUAUUUGCCAUAAAUUGCUCAUGUGAGAACUUAUGAUAAGGUGUAUAUGUAUUUUGAUAAAUCCCCAGGAGAAUUAUUGUAAUAUUUCUGACAGUACGGUUUAAGGCCUUUGACCUAUCUGUGUCUGUAUCAUGGUUCAUUAUACUGUAUUCAGGGUAAUUUUUUUUUAUUUGAGAAUGAUCCUAUAGUACUUCAGAAUCUUAAUGAGAGCCUGCGAUUCAGUGAAGAAGAAAGACGAAAUGAUAUAGACUUGCCUUUUCCAAGUACGUAGUAAUUAUUUGUAGAUUACAGUUGUGAAGAGAUGAUUUAGUGUGACAUGUAUACGUAUAUUGCCAGGCUGAAGGUUUUGUGAUGGAGCAGUUUCUUGUUAAUGCAAGAACUGUAAUUACUAUUUUAAAAAUUUUCUGUGUGUGGAACAUUGACAUUUUACAAUGAUUACUUUCUUUCACUACUUUAUUUAAACUUUAUUAUUAUUUUAUUUGUACAGUAAUGCAUGACUCCAUCAAGGGGAUGGUUGUGACAAUGGCCUUUAGCUGCCCUGAUGCUUCUUCCCUCUUUACUCUUUAUGUUCACUUGCCAGUUUUCUCAAUUAUGUUUUCCUCCAUCUUCAUCUCCUUGAUAUCAGACUAAAAAUACCUUCAUUUAAUAUCAGGGGAAUUAUGCAGCAUUAGUGUUUUGAGGAUACUAUGUAUUUUACCCCAUAUGCCCAUUAGAGAUAAACAGUGAGUUGGUCACUGCUUAUCACUCUCAGCAUUGGCAAUCAACUCCGUAAAACUGACUACCAAAUGAUUACAGUAUGUGAUUAGUCACUUAAUAUUCAGGAAUAAAAAUGAUAUGCUAGCAGUACUGUAUAUACUGUUUUACACUCUACUGAGUUACUAUUUCACUCAACUUUAUUUUCAAAUAAUCACUUAAAAGACACUUUUGUUACUGUAUUCAUUCUUGAAUUUUUUAAACUGUGUCCCAGUAUUAUUAAUGUGCAGACAACAAAUAAACCAUCCCACAGAAGUAAUUAAUACUGUAGUGUAUAAAGCCCUGGUAAAACCCUUACUCUGGGUAACUGUAACAUUUCUCACGUGGAAACCAAUAGAAAACAAAGUCUCGUCUUCAUCCUGAUAACAUUAACCCCCUUGUGUAUGGGGUCCUCCCUCUGCUGAAUAAAAUCAUCUGACAUUAGUCAAAUAAAAUUUUAAAAAUGGCAUCCCAGUAGUGAAGGGGUUAAUGUUAGUGAUAAUAUAGUAUACUGUCUUGGUUAUUUAUGUCUCCGCCCAUUAUGGAUACAGCAAGUUUCAGUAAUUUGUUUGACAGCUUUCUUUUAUUGUUAAUAAUUUUACUGCAUUUAGUAAGUGCCAUUUAUUCUUAACAUUGUUCAUUAUAUUUUUUAUAAUGAUCUUUCUUUGCCAGAUAUAAUUAAUUUUGUGGGUAAAAGUUCUCUCAUUUUCAAUAUUUCUCUGAAUAGUUCACACACUUGUUAGUAUGGACUCUGUGAAAUUCAUAUGAUGUUAGUGUAAUGUAUAUUGUUCUAAUGCUCCCUGAAAGAAUCAUGAUGGAACUUUACACAAAUAUGUAUUAGAUGAAGAGAAUAUGUCACCUCUAAAUAUAGGAUGACAUGUCAAAGGUCAAUAUUGUAGACCAGGUAGAUCAACCAGUCUGUUGGCUUCAAUGCUUCUCUAAACAUUUUCUUAAUUGUAGUCUUCAACUCUAUACUUUUUAACUUUCCCAAUAAUUACAUUAUAGUAAAUCCUGUCCAAUGAGCAAUUUGUAAGUCCACAGCCCAUUGAAUUGUAGUACAAAAUCUGCACAGUGCUUGCAAUCCUGAGCCUCCUGCAGUGUGAAACUGAAAUACUUGUAUACACGAGAAAGUUUAAAGUGUUUUCUGGCUUAAUAACUUGCUAAUGUUUUCUUGUACUACAGGAUGUUUAUAUGAUGGAGUUUCCUUGCCUUCAAAGAAUCCACUCCUCCACCCUCUCCAUUCAGACAGGAUUUAUUUAUAAAACCAUUUGGGUAAAUUAUCCACCAUUUCCCCAACCCCCCCCCCCCACACCCUCAUCACAACUAUUGUCCCCAAAUUAGGUGAGAUCAGGUGCAACAGGUAGUGACAGAAACAGAUGAUUAGUGGUGAAUGGCCCUGGGACAAAAAAAGGCAGAGUCAUAGCUUUGGUGUGAAGUGUGAUGAUGAGCCAGACACAGUUUAAAAAAUUACUGCCCCCUAAGGACAGCUGUUGUACCCAGUCUCCCUUGUUUGGAGCCAGUGGGUGGGAGAGGGAGAGGUGGGUUAUAACUUUACCUAAAUUAGAUACAUUUGAGUGGUAGUGAGAACAUAGAUUAAAAAAAAAUCACAAUCAAUCCCCAUUUUUCUAGGGAAAUUAUAGCAUUAAUCGGUAGAAAGGUAUUCAAUCCUCCUCAAGUAAACAUUGUGUAUUACUUAAAAUCACACUACAUUAAAACACCCUUUGGAUACUGAAAGUUCAUACAUCAGGAAGGCUUUUUCCAUGAGUUUAUAGGGAAUCAUUAGGGAUUCAUUCUGGGCAGUCUUUCCAAACCUUUUCCUAUCCUAAAAACAUGUGAACAAUAAUAAUAAAGGUAUGUAAAAAGAUGUAAAGUAAACAAAUAAUAAUAAUAUAAUAAGCAAUAAUUCAGUUGAAAGAAAAAAUAAUAAUGUGCCGGAGUGACAGCACUAGGAUCCCGCUUCCUCUAUCAAGGAAUAAACAAUUGAAAUUGAAAUUGAAUGCCGGAUAGGAAAAUAUUAGUGACGUUGUAAAUGUUAAAAUUGGUUGUGAAAGGGUUAUCACUACUCUUGUAGUUGCACUAAAGUUACAAUCAUGUCUAUAACUCUUUUAAUAUUACAGUACUGUAUAUAAUAAUGAAAAACUACGGUUUUGGGGUCAAAGUUGUGAUUCACAUAUUGGGCCUCUGCGAGCUAAUGCUCUCUAACACUCGUACAUCCCAGAUUACCCCCUAAAUACUGUGCAUGUAUCUCAGCAGGGUGUGUAAUGUAAGAAUGUGGAUAAGCUAUGUGUUAAGAUGGAUGGUAUUGAGGUACAGGUAGUGCAGGUCUUUCUCAGUGAAAGGUGAUGAGGUGUGGUCACUUACAAGUCUCUAGGGUGCCCCCCACUAGUAGACGGUCCUCCUCACCAACAAUCUACUAAGGCCUUGUUAAUGCAACACAGUAUAAAUAAGUAACACUAGAGAGUCCUGCUGAAUCAAUUUGAGGGAUUAUUUGUGGAAUACUAUACAGUACUGUAUUGGCAUAUGUAGUAGACCUGUCCUCUCCCCCACGUCCCAACUAUUUUUAUAUCUUCUCUCAUUUUGCUUCGUUCUUGAUGUUUUCACCAUAGACAUGGUUGAUUUAUAAAGAGCAAUAUUAACUUCAAUGUGACUGUAGGAGUGUAACUCCUGUACUUUGAUUAUUGUAGAUCACCCAUAAAUGUCUUUGCUCCUUUCCACAUUAAAAUGGAUUGCCUUUAUUAUUAUGUAUGUGAUAUGGCCUCUUCCUUCUCAGGUUUUUGUCCCAAUGACACUUGUUUUGUGUUACUUCCUUGAAUUAGUUAUACAGUCUCUCCUCUACUUACGACAACCCGGAUAUACGACGGCCAUGGUCGUAUAAAAUAUAUUUCACAUUACGUAUUUUUGAGUCCCGAUGCUAGUGAUCGCGCUGUGGACUCACAGAAUUUUAGUUUGUAAUUCCCUUUAAAAUGGCUGGCAAGCGUAAAAGUGAGAGUUCUCGUGGUGCUGAGAAGAAAAAGAGACACCCAUUUUAGAAUUUCUAUGUAUUAUUUUUGCCUUUUCGACUUAUGACCAAAUUGACUUACGACCUGGUCGUCGGGACGGAACCACUUUGUAAGUCGAGGAGAGACUGUACUGUAUUUGAGGGAGUGUGACUUCUCCUCCCUAUGUAAUCAGGGGUGAAAUAAGCAGUACAGUAUUUCAUUGUAUUUUGCAACAGAAAACUUAUGAAGUGCAGCUGAAAAUGUGAAAUCACAUAGCAAUGUUUGUGAUUCAUUCAUCAUUGCAUUGCAAGUACAGUAAUGUAAUUAAUUUUUCCAAAUGAUCUCGUCCCUUGGUGUUGCUAUUUCACACACACACAUAGUUGCCCUUAAAAAGUUUUGCAUGUAAGGAAUUUUUUAACAACCAGAAGGAUCAUGAGCUCCCUGAUUGGACUUGUCAUUGGUGAUCCAACAGUAGUGCCUGAAGUUUGUGUAUAGUGUAUUGUACAGGGAUGCUACCUGGUUGGUUGACUGAUAAACUCAUUUUAACAGUUCUUUAUAUAAUUCUUGGUAAAAUAAUAUCCUCUGGGAUUACUAUCAAAAGUUCCUGUGAGUGUUGUGUGUAUCUGAGUAUUGGUGCUGAGAGCCACUUCAACCUUAGGAUUUGGCAGGGAAUCUGUGUUUAUCAUAUACUUGUGGUACAUGACUGGCAGAAAAGUUGGGAUGUAUAGCUCAUGUGUUGAGUCAUACAGCACCUGACAUCUGUGUGUGAAGCGCAGAUUAAGUGCCAUGAGCUGUAUAUCACUUGAUAGGUGAUGUGAUGUCCGGGCUAUAUGUGUUGAGUUCUGUUGCAUAAUAUUUGCCUUGAAGUAGAGGUUUCACAUGCAGGUUGUGAGUGUUUGAUCCAUAGUGCAUAUGACUUUUAGAUGUGUAUUGUGUAUUAAGACACACUACAUGAAUUACAAUAACGGGAUAAUAUGCUGGUCACGUUUACUGAACCUUCCAGUGCGUGACGAGAAGUAGAGAUGUAACAUACAGGUAAUGUGUGUUGAGCCAAGCUGCUUGUGAUAGUAGUAGAGGUGUAAUGUUCUGAGCACAUGCAUUGAGGUACACAGUGCAUGACUUGCAGUAGAGGUGUUAUGUAAUAUUAACAGUAAACCUUAGGGAAUUCCUGGCAAAUUUAUUUUGGGUAAAACCAAUACUGUACUAUAAUUGCUUUCAAGCUGUGCAAAUAGAUGUAUUUUGUAGUCUCACAGGAAAAUAGAUUAGAUUAUUUAUGUUGACUAUUUAUUUGACAUAUACAGUACAGUACAUAAGUACUGUAAUGUAUGAAUGUGAAUAUUAAACAUUAGAUGAUGCUCACACCCCAUGGUUAUUGUAUGAUUCUCAUCAGUGGCAGACUUCCAGCUCACUUGGAUACAUAGGACUUAAUGGGUAUUUUCUGCUGAGUAAGAGACGUGGUGAAGAGUUGCAGUCUGGUAAAAACGUUUUUUCACUUACUCGUAGGUAAUGUGGCAAACUAAGUUGAAAAGUUUCAACAAGAAUUUUUUUGGAAAUUACUAAUCAGUACAGUACAGUACUAUACUUAGUCUACUGCAUAACCAAGCCUGUACAGCUGUAGGAUUAGAGCUGUGUCUCAUGGAUUGGGCAUCCAGUGUUACCAACUAAGCAAUGUUUCCCUAAAGAAGAAUCAAUUAUUACUGUAGUUCCUUUCAGUUGCAAUAAGUAAUGAUUUUAGUUUGCUCUUAGAGUACAUACCAUUUUUCUAUGCAGUAUAAGGCCUUGAAGGUUUAUAUUAUUUUUUUAUUUUGUUUUGUUUUGAUAGAUAUCUGUAUAAUAUUUUAUUGGGGUCUUUUUGCUGUACUGUAUGUGUUAAUGUUAGCAAACUGGUAUCAGUACUGUACAGUAUGUUGUGAAGGUAUUUUGUCCAAACGUUUUGACAGUGUUAUGUUAACACCAAAUAGCUGUUUUAAUCCAUUUCAUAAUCAUAAUUACUAUUCAGGAAUAACAAGGGCUGUUUUUAUUACCACUGAGUUGAUAAGAACUCAGUACUGAAAUAACUUUGUAUAUCACAACAAAUUAAGAGUGAAAUAAUGUACCUGUAUAUUAUAACUCACUUGAAUAUUAUACUUUCAUAAAAAUCCUUUUUAUCUUGCUUCCCCUUUUCAGAAAAAAUCCUAGUUUCUAGGGUAACCAAAUUAGUUGCUCGUUUGAAGCCUAAAUGAGAUUAUCAGUCUUGGUGACAAUAUAUGUACAGUAGUUUGUAUUGUGUGUUUCUCCUUGCAGUUGUAGCCCUCUCCUGUUGCUCUAUACAGUACCUGUUUCAUGUACCACCACUCUCCCUUUAUAUUUCCUUUUUUUAUUGAGGUCUGCUUCCUAUGAUUCACCAUUUGCAAAAGUAAGAGAGGAUAAGAGAUAAUACAGUAGUUAGGUCUCAUGAUGUGAAACUUAUGUAUAUGAAUAUAAAUUGGAAGACAUUAGAAAAAUACUUAACUACAAUCAGUACGUACUGUAGUGAGAAUUGCCUAUUACAGUAUUUUUCAGUACAAGCAACUGAUGCUGUUCUCAGCUAGCAGGCAAGGUAGGAAGCUUUAGGCAGGAAAUAUGACAGAUUGACUCACCAGUGUCCAAGAAUAACCAAUGAAGACAGUUACAGUAUUUAAAUCUAAUCUCACCUGACUCAGAUAAUAUUGUACAGUAUUUGUUAUUUGGGUUGACUAUGUAUGGCUGUGUUAAGCUUCACUCUAGCUCUGUUGUUAGAUAUUUGCUGUGUUGGAAGGUUUCAUAGAUUUGUACAUAUUUACAAAUCAAACGUAUAGAUUGGCUGAAAUACAAUCAACUGUGACUUCUAAAAUUCGAGUAUGAUUUUUUCUGAUUUGAAGAGAUAUAAAUUUUGUCUUGACUUUUCAUUUGUUUUGUAACUUCCUGGCUCGGUUAUGAGUUUACUAAGUAAUACAGCAUUUGUCUAUAAGUGCAACAACAUCAUACAAAAAAAUAAUUGCAAAUUGGUUAUGUUUUUCUUGGUACAGUAUUGACAUUUGAGUACAAGAUCAGGUAUGUCAGUUUAAAUUGUCUGCAUCCAAAAGGUUUAAAUAUGAUUAAAUUGAUGGAUGAAGAAGCAUUUCCCCUGACUAUAACUUAUCUUGUGCAAUAAACAUGAACCUAAAAUUCACUAGGAAUAAAGUCUGAUCAUUGUGAUGGACAUUUACAACAAAACAAAUGAGAAAUGCUGGAGGUAUAUUCUUCUCAAUGAUACGAUCAGUCUUCAUUCAUUCUGAUUUUUAGGUUCCUUUUUAAUGCACAUCCAAAAAUAUAUAGUACAGGUAAUCAUAUAGUGUACUUGAAUAAAAAGAUUACCCUGUAUUUGGUGUUCUCUAACUUUCCAAUUUCUUUGUGUUUCAUUAAUCUUUCUGAGAAUAACUUGACACAUGCCACUUUCAGAUGUUUAUAAUAGUUCCUUCACUGAAGUAUAAUUGUAAUCCAGUAAUAACCUGAGACCAGUAAUAAUCUGAGACCAAUAAUAACCUGAGACCAGUAAUGACCUGAGAUGACUUAUUUGUUGUUGUUGUGUUACACGUUGUUGCUCUUAUUUUUGGUGCCUCCUUACAUUGUCUCAGUUAUUAUUAAAAGUUUCCAAAGGUUUGUCACAUAAAAUAAUGUUACAGCAAUAUUUGUAUACCGACACCAUGUUGAAUUUCGUACGUAUGAGUGUGUGUGUGUGUGUGUGUACCGGUAUGUAUGUGUGUGUGCUGAUAACACAAGUUCACAUCACAUUACACAUUUUUUCUGUUCUUAUGUAAUUAUUUGUGUGUGAUAUUUAAAUGAGUCACUUUAUCCGUAAGUAUUGUACAGUUAAAAAUAAAUGAUGCCUCUGA